AUGUCCUCGUCAACACCGACCAACGAGGCGGUCGACUCGGCGCCGGCAACUGCCGCAGUCACCAACAAUCCCACAACGGAUCAGCCGUCGACGACACCGAGCUCGGACAACCCUUACUCAUCCGCCAAACCAGCACUGACCAUGGCGACCCCAAGAGCGUCCAAUGCAAGCAGCAGUCAGGUCACACAGCGCCCCAAGCGCGCCACCAUCGCCGACUCGGAGCCGGACAUGCUCGAAAAGGGACAAGCCUCAUCAUCCAACGAAGGUUCCUCUGCAAUGUCUCGUACCCUCUCGCCCGAGCCUGCUUCGUCUGCUGCCACUCGAAAGCGCGGGCUGGAUCGCGACCAGUCGUCGAUUCGCGAAGGUCUGGGCGGUCCGUUUGCUGGGCCACCACGAAGAGCUACCAUGGAGUCGAGAGCAACGCUGCGACGUUCUUUCACCGAGUUAUUCACGCCAGAGCAUCGGCUGGCAAAGCCACCCGGAACGCUCGUGUCGCUGAAAAAUAUCCUCUUCGGCUCGUUCCUCAACGUUCUAUUGGUGAUGAUCCCCGUUUCUUGGGUGUUGCGCUUUGCCCUCGACCAGAGCGUCAUCAAGAACUGCAUCGCGGUGUUCGUCACUUCGUUCCUUGCCAUCAUGCCACUCGCCACCAUCCUCUCGCAGGCGACCGAAGAGAUGUCCCUGCGUGUGGGUGAGACGAUCGGUGGUCUGAUUAAUGCUUCGUUGGGCAACGCGGUCGAGUUGAUCGUGGCGAUUGUAUCGCUAUUCCAUUGCGAGCUCAUCGUCACGCAAACGUCGUUGCUCGGGUCGAUUCUGUCGAAUCUGCUGCUCGUGCUAGGCACGUGUUUCUUCGUUGGAGGUCUGCGCGUCAAGGAGCAGGUUUUCCUCGAAGCACCGACGCAGCUCAACACGUCGCUCCUCAUGAUGGCGGUGAUCUCGCUCGUGAUCCCAUCGGCGUUCCAUGCUGUUCUGGGGGAUAUUGCAGACGACACGGAGCGCGGCGACAUUCUCAAGUUCAGCCGUGGCGUUGCAGUGUUGCUGCUGCUCAUUUACAUCGGGUUCUUGUACUUCAGCUUGUCGUCGCACAAGGAGUUCUUUGAAGAUGACAACGACGGCGAAGAGGAGCAGCCGCAGAUGAACAUGACUUCGGUGAUUAUCACUUUGGUCGGCGUCACGAUCCUGAUUGCGGUCACGUCCAACUGGCUCGUUGAAGCGAUCAACGGCGUCGCUUCGACGGGUGCCAUCACAAGGACGUGGAUUGGUUUGGUCUUGCUGCCGAUUGCGAGUAACGCAACGGAGCACUUGGCGGCAGUGAUCUUUGCGUGGAAGAACAAGAUCCAGAUGGCGAGCAGCAUUGCCAUCGGCUCGUCGAUCCAGAUUGCGCUGUUCGUCAUUCCACUGCUCGUGCUGAUCGCCUGGAUGGGCGAUAAGCCGUUGACGCUGCUCUUCGAUCCGUUUGCCACGAUCUUGCUCUUCUUGACCGUGCUCAUCGUCAACUUUGCGAUUGCCGACAACAGGUCCAACUACUUGGAGGGGUUCGUGCUGAUCAUGGUCUAUCUCAUUGUGGCGCUGACCGUGUGGUUCGUGCCGGACGACCUGGCUGAUUCGCUCUUCUCCGAUAAUUACUGUCGCCAUCGUUGA